AUGAAGCUCCCCUCGCUCGCCACGCUCCUCCGCCCCCCCGUGCAAACCCUCCCCCUCUUCCCGCACCUGCUCCUCCCGCUGCUCCUCCUCGCGCUCCUCGCCUGCGCCACCCUCUUCGCCCACUCCGACGUCAACGCCGCGCUCCUCUGGUCGCAGUGCCACGCCCGCGAGCGCCUGCCGCUCCUCACCGACGCGCGCUUUGUGCCUUCCUGGCUCGCCACGCCCGCCUGCUUCCUCGUCAGCUUCUUCGCCGAGGCGCUCGACGCGGCGCGCUCCCGCGCCGCCGUCGCGGAGCUGCUCGCCGGCGUGGGCGCCCUCAUGAGCGUCGCGACGGCCGAGUCGGCGCGCGCCUGCAACGAGCGCGUCGCGUCCCGCGUCGGGAGGGGCGUCAUCGCGCGGCCGACGGGCUGGUGGCUGCUGUUUAACCUCAUUGGCGGGGCGCUCGUUUGGCAGGUCGUCAUUGUGCCGGCGUUUUUGCACCGCGCAAGGUUGUGGUUCGCGGGGGGGAGUCGUGCGGAUGGGGAGAGUGAGGAUCCGAUGGGCGUGACGCCGGAGCGGCAGCAGCAGCAGCAGCAGGAGGAGGAGGAAAAGGUGGACACGGACCGGAGUGUCGCUGACGCGGAGAUCGUCGCCAUACCGCUUGCUGUUGCGCUCGGCUUCUAUGUUCCCUCGGUGGCGAUGCUUACGCUGCGCUCGCCGGGCGCCAUCGCCGCGUGGCUGCCCUUCCCCGUGUACGUGUCGCUGCUGCGGCAGGGCGUGCGCUGGGCCGUGGGCAGGUUCCGCCGCUCGAUACCGGGGCGCGUGCACAUCGAGUACGUGAGCCGCUCGCAGCGUCGCAGCCGCAGCCAUGACGACAUCGACAGCAACAACACGGCUGGAAACACUGGCGGCGAUGGCAGGGGCAGGAGCAGGAAGCGGACCAACAAGCCCCUCGCCGCGCUGUACGGCCUCCCUGCGCUGGCGUCCGUCGCGGCGCACGCCCUCCUGGCGGCGAACCUGGCGGCGGGCCGCGACGACCGCCGCGAAAUGACGCGCUCGACGGUCAAGUUCCUCGAGGUGGACGCGCAGUACCUGGCGCUGACGGUGCUGUACUGGGUGUUCGCCGAGGUGGGCUGGCGCGCGCCGGCGACGAUGCUGCUCGUCGGGGCGGUGUUUGGGCCGGGCGCGGGGGUGUGCGCGGGGUGGGUCGUCAGGGAGAGGCUGCUGCGGGAGGCGCUGCGGCGGCUGGGCCUGGGCGGUGAUGAUGAGGAUGAGGAUGAGCUGGUGGAGGAUGGGGAGGAGGAUGGGGAAGAGACGAGGCGUGGGAGGGGGGAGAGGCAGCCGCUGUUGGGUUGA